GCUGAAAGAAACUACUCAGAAAAGUAUACAAGAUGUGACAGGGGAGAGGAAUGGUUUUCAGAAUGUCAGAUUUUUUAGCAAUUUUUCGUUAACUUUUUAUGUAGUUUAUGAUUAAAUGACAGUAAUGAUUUUAAAUAUUGUGUGAACAACAGCAGAUUACUGCACAAUGAAUUUCGCGAUUUAUUGUUGUUUAAGUGAAUUAACUAUAUCACAAACCUGGCGUACCGGUGUGUUGCUGCCCUAACAAUGUUCGCUAUAUUACCGAUUGUAUUCAAAGUGGAUUUAACUUCCAUGAAGCUUAAAUGGAAAGGAUGAACUGGUUUGCUCGUAUAAUAGCUUACCAUCCAUAUGUAAUUCUAAUUGGGGUUGCUGUAUUUGCGGCGACAUGUAUUGUCAUUCCAGUCACAACAAGAAAACCUCCAGAUUUCUCUGAUCCUACUUCGGGAUUUCAGUCAAGGGGGACAGUUUUAUCCCAGAGAAUAACAGCAUGGAUUAAUCUGAAAGAUGCAACGAGACCAUCUGGACCACUCUCAGUAAAUCCAAAAGGUGACACUGCUGACUUAAGAGAAAUAUCAAAGAUAAGGAGACAUCGGCAGCAUCAUAAGGGUCAGAAGGUCAACAGAACUGAAAUUAACAGAAACGUUAUAGCUAAAGUGAUUUAUUCAGCUGAUGAAAGUACAUACAAUGCAAAUGAAAUACCAGAUAAACUUGAGGAUACAGGAAAAAUUUCUGCAGUGUAUUCAGUGUUUGUGCAGAAUGAACACCAAAUUGAGACAGAACCACCAGUGGAAGACGAAUGGGAAACAUUAACUCACUUGGGAGAAGAUCCUAAGAGACAUGGAAGUGGCAGUGAUCAUAAAAAUCAUGUGCACUUGGCUAGUGAUGGUUUUUUCUGUUCUGCUCCAAAUAUUGAAUUUUCACGGGUUGUACUCAGCUCAUUGGGUGAGAGUGGCUUGUUUAACUGGGAAUCAAUUCUAUCGAUGUGCCGAAUUGAGAAGCGACUUACUGAAGGCGAAGAGUAUGAAAAACUAUGUGAAAAAGUUUCAGAUGAAAAAUGUUGCCCUGCAUGGUCCCUAGGAAAUUAUAUAGCUCUUCUCCACAAUAAAUCUUCAUGCUUCAAUAUUACGGAGAAUGAUGUGAAUUUAACUUUGGCACUUCUGCAAUACUGUGCUCCUUACUUCUAUAAUUUAAUGUUAACGCCUGAGUGUACAGAGGAAAGAAAUGAAAUAUGUCAACAAGUGCCUCCGCAAUGCAGCCAGCAUAAUGCUGUUUAUAAUAUACUGUAUUACCUUGUGGAUGCUUCAUUUUUACCACCAAAUAAAAGUGUCAGCACACUGGACAAUGCAAUGCUAAUUCUGCCAUUUGGACGAAGCAGUGACACACUGGACUACUAUAGAAAGAUUGACAGUGCAUCAUUACAGUAUCAGGAUAUUAAAGUUACUGCUAUGGAAUUAGGUUUGAAGAAUACAUUGUUUGACAUGUAUCUCGUUCAAGACACAUACUUAGUAGGAGCAGGUGCAUUAUUUGUGCUCCUCUGCAUGUGGGCAUACACUCACUCAUUGUUUGUCACAUUUAUGACAGUUGUGGCAAUAUUAUUUUCACUGGGAAUCUCAUACUUUGUGUACACACUAGUUUUUGAGUUAGAGUUUUUUCCAUUCAUGAACAUUCUUGCAAGUGUUGUCGCUGUUGGUAUUGGAGCUGACGAUGCGUUUAUAUUCUGCAAAAUGUGGCAAUGUAUUAAAGCAGAGAGAAACAGCUGGACAGUGGUGAAAUUAAUGGAGGAAGCAUUGUCUAAUGCGGCACUAUCAAUGUUCGUAACAUCUCUUACAACUGCAGCUGCUUUUUAUACCUCAUGUGUGAGCUACAUAACAGCAAUAAGGUGUUUUAGUAUUUUUGCAGGAACUGCAACAUUGGCAAAUUUUGGGAUGAUGGUUACUUGGCUACCUGCUAGUGUUGUGGUGUCAGAAUACUGGUGCUGUAGAUCUAGGUUUCCCUUUCGGUGGCUGAGAUCAGAAAAUGUGUGUUCCUGUGGUGGAAGAUUUUUGUCUUUUGACAAACUGGUCGUUACAGUUGUUUUGAAAUUUAAAUACAUGUGGCUCACAAUGUUAGGCAUUUUGGCAUUAAUAAGUGUUGUUAUUGUAUUCUGGUGGCCACGUUUUAGUCUUCCAGACACAAGAGACUUCCAGCUGUUUGACAGCAGCCAUCCAUUUGAACAGUAUGAGUUGUACUACUCAGAGAAAUUCCUUUUCGAAAGAAUUAACAAGGUGGGCAUCAACACAAAACUGCCAUUGCGCUUUGUGUGGGGGAUAUUACCAGUAGAUAAUGGUGAUUACCUCAAUCCAGCGUCUCUUGGAAACCUGGUAUUUGAUCCAACUUUUGACAUCGGAGCUCCAGAGUCCCAAGUGUGGUUGCUAGAGUUCUGUCGUAAUUUAAGAGCGCAACAAUUUUACCAGUCAACAAGAGGCCCACUAUUGCCAAAUUGUUUUAUAGAAUCUUUUAUUUCUUGGAUGCAGCGACGUUGCCAAGAUCCUAUUAGUCAUAUUGACAGGACUCCGUGCUGUGAAACAGAGCAGUUUCCAUAUGUACGAGAGGUAUUUGAGUUGUGCAUUGUCCACGCAAUAAAAAGUCUAUAUGAAACACCAGUUGAAAUUUUGAUGCCAGGUAUGGCUGGUCCAAAAUUUUCUGCAGACCCUGGAAAGCAACAUAAAAUACAAGCAGUAGUUGUGGAAUAUGAUAGUGUCCAUUCUUUCUCCUUAUCCUUUUCAGAAAUGAAUAAAUUCUUCAAUGAGGUGGAAAGUUGGAUGCAAGAGCAGUUAGCAACUGCACCUCCAGGAAUGGAGAAUGGGUGGUUUGUAAGUGAUUUAGAUUUUUAUGAUCUUCAGUUGACAUUGUCUAAUGGUACACUUGUUGCAAUUGUGGUGUCCAUGGCUAUUAGCUUAUCUGUGAUCCUUUUUGUCACUCUUAAUCUUCUUGUAAGCUUAUAUGCUGUUAUUACUGUAACAGCUAUAAUAUCAGUUACUGUUAGUUCAUUGGUGAUUAUGGGUUGGAAACUCAAUAUUCUGGAAUCUGUUGCUGUAACCGUUGCAAUUGGUUUGGCAGUUGAUUUUAGUUUACAUUACGGUGUUCAUUAUCGAAUGUGCCCAGAUGCAAAAGACAGAGUAUCAGCAGUUUCUUUUGCUCUGUCAAGAAUGAGUGGGCCAACUGCCAUGGCAGCACUUACCACAGCAGCAGCAGGAGCAUUUAUGUUACCGUCAUCAGUAUUGGCUUACAUACAGAUUGGCAUAUUUCUUGUGGCAGUUAUGAUUGUAAGUUGGGUGUACUCAACAUUUUUCUUUGGAUCAUUAUUGGCUGUUUGUGGGCCACAACAUGGAUUUGGGCAAUUUUCGUACUCUGAUAUGUGGAAGUUUUGCAGCAAAAUAUGGAGACCCGUAAAUACAAAAUCUGAUGAUGGAGUCAGUGAACCAAGUAAUACUGGUGCUCCUUCUUAUAACAAUAUGCUGUCAGAAUCAACUUUGUCAACAUCAAGUACAGCUGCACAAAUUCAUGUUUCGAUUAGUGAAAGUCAUGAGCUAGAAGCUCUAAGCACACACAUCCAUCAACUGCAUCGUUCAGGCAGCCUCUCGGCAGUGUCAGUACCACUGAUCCCAAAAGUAAUUACUCGUCAGAUCUCACUCCCUGCAGAACAGUCUGCAUUGACCACAAACACAAAUGAUGAAAAUCAAGUUGAACAAUCGCACAGUAGAUAUUAAUCCUCAUAAUGAAGCUGGUUUUUUGUACUUAGUGUCUGCUAAUAAUGACAUAUGGAUAUGUUCUCUCUUCCCCCGAAAAAAAUUGAGUGUGAUAGUUAUGGAAAAUUUGUCAGUAUGGCGUAUGAUCUACAACCAAAUCUUUUGUACUUAUUUUUUAUAUGUAACAAGUUUUUUUUAAUAAGAAGACUGCUUUUACAAUUGGAUGUUUGAUACUGGAAUAGUAAAGUUUGGGAAAUGGAAAGAAGUCAUUGAUCUAUCAUCCACAAAUAGUGGAGAUACCAUUUUGUCAUUUUUCCGAGCCAGUCAUGAUUACACAUUCUGCUUGGCUACGGAUAUGUCGUCACCCUGUACAUCAAGCAUUAUCUCAAAUUUAUGCCUUGUGAUUGAUGAUCUCUUUUCAUGUAUCCCGACUGAUAUUUGUAUAAUGGUUUUGUUUACUGUCCAUUUUUAUUGUGCCUUGUAACACUGAUGUUUUUUAAGUAGUUCAGUGUGUUCACUUUGAAUCAUGACCUGUGUGUUCUGUGAGAUAUAUAAUGUAAAAUUUUGUAAAUUUUUUAUCUAUGGGUUGAUUUGUUCAACAGUUUUACAUUCCAUUUUCUGCAUUUGAUUGUCAUUUUAAAAAGUUGCCAUGAUACACAAGUUUUUAUAAAUCAUAUUAUUCGUACUGUCCAAUUUACUAAGUUUGUUCCAUAUGUCUGUCUGUCCAGUGGCAGUGUUAUUUUAUUUGCUGAUUUGUAAUGCAUUUCUUGCAUAUCAAAUGUCCCGUGCUUCAGAUCUGAGCAAUUGAACCACAAAAGGAAUUCUGAGUAUCAUUUUUAUGGAUAAUUAGUAAUAAUAUCAGUAUCCUAUUAAAAACUGUUAGUAGCUUUAAAGCAAGUGGAAAUAUAACAAUAACUUCCAUUAUGUGGGAAAGAUAUGAGGUUAUGAAUGUUCUAUAGUUAUUUGAUAGCUCAUCUGGUUUAAAGAUCCCUUUUCAAAAAUGUGCUCUUAAAACAAUUGUUGAAGACAGGAAGACAGAAUAAGCAUGAAGAGAGAAUUUGUUUCAGAAUUGUAAAAAUACUGUCAUACAUGGAAAAAGUACUGAAAGGAAAAGAGGUGAAGAACAUUUGCUCAUGAUUAGAGUGAGAUAAUUAUAAAUUAUAUUAACAGGAACACUAACAACAACAAUAAUAACUGAAUGCUUGUGGCAUAUAAUGCCAAGAAGACAUUAUUGCAGUCUUCUGGUGACCUAAAUGGACAUAAUUCUGUACACAUCUCCCAACUUAUGUGGUUGCACAGUACAGUGAUGGAGAUGUAUAUUUUAAUUACUCCCUUAUAAAAAUAACAACAGCGCUGAAUGCUGUUGGGAGAAUAUGGUAUGCUUGAUACCUUUUUUUUUUUCUUUUCUUUUAUGCAAUUAUUUCAAUUAUUUAUCUAGCAGUUACCCUUUUAAUUAACAGGGGAAUGACACAUUUUCUCUCUCUCUCUCUCUCUCUCUCUCUCUCUCUCUCUCUCUCUCUCUCUCUCACUCUCCCCCCCCUCUCUCUCCCCCCCCCCUCUCCCCCCCCCCCCCCCGCUCCUCUCUCUCUCUCUCUCUCUCUCUCUCUCUCUCUCUCUCUCUCUCUCUCUCUCUCUCUCUCUCUCUCUCUCUCUCACCCUCCAUUAAAUUUCUUCUCCAAGAAAGUUAAUUUUUGCCUAAUGCAUGACACUGCCAGAGGAGUAAAUUAUUUCCAUUUCCAGAUUUUUAUUAUUAACCUUUCAGUUUGUCCAUGAAAAUGUUCAGUGAACUGUAACUAUUUAUAUUAUGGACAGAGGGUCUACACAGAGCAAUGUACGACAACUAGAUCUCAAUAUCAAGGGCUCCUCACUCUAGAAAAAGAGGGAAAAAAAGUUAAAGGAAGAGAGACUAAGGUGUAGAGAUAAAACUGGCUUUUUUCUGUACCCUUUAGCUGUACUAGUCUCCCUCACUUGAACAUUUUUUGCUCUCCUGCCAGUGAAAGGAUCCACAGAUUUUUGAAGUUAGCGUAUUUACAAUUUUAUAUUGUUCAACUUGUUUCAUCUGCUGCUGCUGCUGCUUGGUGAGAUAAUUUUAUCUGUCCACAUAAUAAAUCGAAAUUCAGUUUCAUCCCUCAGUUUUCAGCUGUUGUCAUAUGCAUCAUUUGUAUGUAAUAGUUUCUUCAAAGUUGUUUUAUCAAACAUAUCUUAAAUUCCAUCAUUCUAUCUGCUUCAAUAAUUACAACAUAUUGAUUCUCUGCUGUGUACUAGGCCACCUUCAAUGUGCAGAUUUUGUGCAAAUGCCGAUCUCUGACCAAAGGUUCUCUUGUGGUGUUUCCGCACUUUGAAAGAAAUCAGCAUAUUAUAUGUGAAUGUUUCUUUAGUCUCCUUUUGAACUAUUGAUAACUGAUCAUAUUUAUUUUAUAUCAGGUGUCUCCCUCUUCAUAUGAAACCCAGUAGCUGUGCUGUAAGUAACAUGAAUGUAUUGCGGAAAGAAGUUGUUGUUGUUUCCCAGUGCAGAUAAAACCCAGUAGUUGUGAAAUAAAUAACAUGAAUGUAUUGUGGACAUAAGUUGUUGUUUCCCUCUUCAGAUAAAACCCAGUAGCUGUGAAGUAAAUAACAUGAAUGUACUGUGGAAAGAAGUUAUUGUUGUUCCCCUCUUCAGAUAAAGCCCAGUAGCUGUGAAAUAAAUAACCUGAAUGUAUUGUGGAAACGUCUUAUUGUUGGGUGGUGUAUAACAAAAUGAAAUUCAAAUCAUAAACCCCGACAUAAUUCAGAUCAGACCUUUGUACGUGGACAUUCAUAUGUAAAUACUUAUGGCCUAAUGUGUAUAUUGUCUAUGUUUUGUGGGAACAAAAUAUAAAAACUAAUAUUAAAGCUGUGUAUGUAUUUUUGAACAAAUUCCACACUUGCUGUUCAUUUUGGUUGUGUGUAUACAUGUUGUUAAUGAGGAAACUAUUCCCAUGUGUUACAUGUUUAAAUGUGUAAUGUAACUUUUGGAUAUAACAUUGAAUUGUAGUAAGUGUUCUCUGUAAUUGAAAUACCAAAUUGUAAUGAAUGUUAUGAAGCUGUUGGAGAAAAAUUAUGUAAUAUGGGCGUUACAAUCAUCAGUUUCCUUAAUUAAGGGCUACAUAUGGAUACAAACAGAUUUAUUUAUUUAUUUAUUUAUUUAAACAAAAGCCGUAUUUUGUCGUCUUUUAUAAACUGACGUUAAAUGUGUUACAUGGUAACUUUGAAAGCCUGUGGUGCUAAAAUAUACCAGAAACAAAACUA